AUGAGCAUUCGCUCGAUUGCCUCUCUUGCGGCCCUCGCGGCGGUCGCUGCCCAAGAUCCUUCUUCACCCAUCGAUAUCCCAAGCCAUCUUCCCACGCGGCGCCUCGUCCCAGACGUCUACGGGUACUCGAUCGAACCGAUAUGGGUCGACGACUACAUCAGCACGCCGCUCGCCCAAACCCUCCUUGGCGCCGUCGCACGAGUCGCCGGGAAGCCGCCGCCGAUCCGCGUCGGCGGCAACACGGCCGACCAGACGUACCUGCACGACGCGCCGCUGUCGACGGGGAACAGCUCGGUCGCCAUACCGGGGUACCUGAACGCGAGGCAGUUCAACGUCACGCCGGCCUGGUACGACGGGUGGGCGGGCUACUUCCCGGAGGGCACGGACUUCGUGUACACGCUGAACCUGGCGGCGAACACGUCGGCGUGGUCCAACGCCGUCGCGCAGGCCGAGGCCGCGCACAAGUCGCUGGGGCGGAGGCUCAAGCAGUUCGAGCUCGGCAACGAGAUCGACCACUUCAUCAACAAAGGGUGGCGGGACGCGUCCUGGGACGUGGCCGCGUACGUCGAGCAGUUCCGGAAUGUGACGGGGCAGAUCGUGUCGUCGGAGUGGUACAAGGGUAUUGCGGACGAUGGGGAUAAGCCCACCUUCCAGGCGGGGGUGUUUGCCGACCCGCCGUGGGUGCCGGAUCAACAGGAUGAGAUUGACGAUUUCAGCAUUGCGAACCUGACGAAGGACGGGGAGGGGGGCAUUGUAGAGAGGGAGCAGGAUAAGGAUAUUAUCGGAAGUUACGCGACGCAUUUGUAUCCGCAGUCUACGUGCGAUGGGCCACGGUGGUUGCGUAUGCGGUUGGAUCUGCUGUCGGAUCAUCAGGUGCUUUGGAAGGUGAGUGGCCAGCCCCCUUUUCUUCGCCAAAGUGUCAACAUAUCCCAAUUCGUCCCACAAGUCGCCGCGGCCGACAAAGCCGGCGCGCCCCUCGUGAUGGGCGAGACCAACUCGGUGUCCUGCAGCGGCAAGAGCGGGAUAAGCGACACCUUUGGCGCGGCCCUCUGGGGCGUUGACUACGUGCUGCUGGGCGCGUCCAUCGGCAUCCGCAAGACGUACUUCCACCUCGGCGCGCAGAGCGAGUACAGCGCGUUCACGCCCAAGCCCUACCGAAUCAAGAACGAGACCGUGGGCGCAGGGAUCCGGGCUAAUUGGUACGGACACUACUUCGUCGCCAAGAUCGUUGCGACGAACAGUGAUAAGGACAAGGAGUUGAGCAUUGCGGCGCUGCCGGGGGCCAAUAGUAGCUCGCUUAGCGGAUACGCCGUAUAUACUGGCGAGGAAGAAGAGGAGCGCUCGUUGAAGAAGUUGGUGUUCCUGGAUAUGGGCGUUUGGAACGGCACCGAGGGUCUGAGCAAUAACUCCACGCUCAAAGCUACCGACGGCACAUCCUUCAGCAACGGGACGCGGCCCGUCAGCACGAUUAAAGUAUCAACGUCGUGGACGGCCGGGCAGAGUGUUAGCGUGACGAGACUUACGGGACCAGGGACGAAUGCGAAGAGCGGGGUUGCGGUCUCGGCGGUUACUUUUGACGUGAGGACGGGGGCGAAGGUAGGAGAGGAGAAAGAGGAGGUUGUGGAAGUUGGAGAGAACGGGACGGUGGAAAUUAAGAUAAAGAGAGCGGAAGGUGUGUUGCUCGAGAUCACAGACGGUGCUGUUUCGGAAGAAGUAGGAAGCUCGGGAGCUGCUGGAAAGACGGGUGCGCUGUGGUCUGGUCUUUUCGUUGCUGUUAUGACUAUAGGUUUCAUGUUGAGGGAUCUGGAGGCGAAGCGAUGCGUCACUCUGCCGAGUCCCGCCAUCGUUUGUGAAGAUGAUACGUAUAGCGGAGCACAACAGGCACAUCUACCGGCUAAGGCACACACGCUCGCUCAAAGCCUCCUAGCCAUCGCUAAAUCCUGCCUGGGAUUCGGAGAUAUGGAGCCUGCGAAGUCCGAAGUCGCACCUGUGGUGACCUAUAUGGUUGUUCUUGGCCUAGACGCUCUAUUGGGCCAAGUUCCCAUCUUCCGAAGUUCCAAGUUCGGUGACACAGGGGAACAGAGUAUAUGUGUCACUGUCGCGUUCUUCCAUCUCGACCUAUCGGGGGCUAACCCAGCUCGACACCAAUAUCCGGGGGUGACAUGA